UUUUUUUAAAUGUUUAUUUAAAUAUUUAUCCGUUCCUUCUAAAAAUUAAAAAAAUUUUACCUUUUCUCCAAAUAUUGCCGCGUUCCUUCUCUCUUUUCUUUUCUAAUUGCCAACCCCCUUCUCUUUUUAAAAAAUAAUAUUUAAUUAUUAGCUUGUAUUACAAUCACUCCACAUCUUUCCCCUCUUCUCUUUUUAAAAGAUAAUUGGGCUUUGCCGACUAAUUACCGCCCAUUCCUUCUAAAUUUCUCCAGCAGCGAUCAAUUUUGUUUGUUGCCAUCUAAUGCAACAAUAAUUAACUGAAAAGGAGAAUGUCUACAACAACAACAUCAUUACAAGCUUCAGAAAAUUCCCAAGCAAUUCACCCUCAAUUCUCGACAGAAGCUAUAGACACUAAACCUCCCCCUUCAUUUCUUUUAAUUGACCAAAAGCCUAGAGAAGAUUUAUUAUUAUCCCAACAACAACAAACUUCUAAUUUUAUUGAAAAUAAAUUUCAAGAUUCUAAAAAUAUUACGGCUACAAGAAAUGCUUUAUUUGGUGUUGAACAGAGUCCAAAUAAUAAUUUUUUAAUUAACAAUUCCCCUUCUUGUUCAUUAUCAUCCGCUACACCAACCUAUUAUUCAAAUGGAGGUAAUGGAUAUAAUACAAAUUUUUAUAAUUCAACAACACAUUUUGGACAUUCACAAUUAGCUGAAUUAUAUCAACAACAACAACAACCACAUUUUCUUUAUACAAGUCAACCAGCUAGUUCUCCUGAAGGUAAAAAGAAUAAAAUGAAAAAAAAUUUUCAAAAUAAUUUUUAUCUAAAUUUGUUGAAUGUCUUUUAUUUUUUAAUCUUUUUCUUUUAAAUAUUCACGUUUUUUUAAAUUUUCAUUUUGUCUAUUCCAAGAAUGUUCUCAGGACUUUUAGGAUAGCACUACCGAUUAAGGCAGUCCUACUUCCCCCACUCGGCUUUUUCCGAUUUUUGAAAUCGAAAUGUUCUGUGAUUAUUGGAACAGUA